GCCCGCGUAGCGCAGCGGGCGGGGAGUCCGGCGCGCGAGCGAAACUAAGCAGGGGCGACCCGGGACCGUUUCUGGAAGGGAGACUGGUGGCGGCUUUCGGCCCUUUGAGCUCGGCGCGACCGGGACCCUUUUCCCGGGAGCUUCUGUAUUGUUGAAUUCUAAAAACGUGUUUUUGUCUAUAAAUAUAAUAGCAAACCCAUAAACUCUAUCCGCCCCCUAAGUUUGCCCCCACGGCGAGACAAACGGCUGCCAUUUCAGCAGGCAGACAUUCAGCAGAUCCUGCAAGAUGUCAAGUGCCAACUCCUCAGGUCACAACUGGAGCCAGAAAUCAAAAACAGAGGAGGAAGAGGAUCCCUUAGACCAAAUGAUCUCGCGUACCGGUUGUGCUGCUUUCCAUUAUGCAGUGCAGGAGUGCAUGGCUGAGCACCAGGACUGGCGGAAGUGCCAGGAGCAAGUGCAGAGCUUCAAGGACUGCAUGAGGGAGCAUCAGAAGCAGAGGGCGGAAGAACUGCGGAGCAGGCAGAAGCUGCGUCAGGCCACGAGCUGAAGGAAGGAAGGCCAACAAGUAAGGCGAGCCAUUGUCUUGGCUUGCUUAGCAGCCUACUAAAAUGCAAAACAGCACAGAUGAGUUGUCUCCUGAGAAAGCUGCUGUGGUUCCAAGGAAGUUCAGAAGAGCCUGAUCCUGCUGCAAACAAACACAUGUGCAUGUUGGAAGACCCUUUACAGUCAUUGGACGCUCAUGUCAUUGAAUUCUUGUUUUUUAAUCAGGGAAAAUGUGACUUUAUUUUCUUGCAAAAAAAUAAAUGUAGAUUUGAUCUUU